AUGCAAAAUAGUGACCCCCGUCCCAACUUGAAUGAGGAGUUGCAAUCCGUCCCGUCGCCUUUCCGUCGCCCUCGCAAACACACGCGUGACGGCCCUCCCGUCGUCGUCACGGUCUCCCCUCCCGGUCCGUUAUUCUCCCGUUCACCCCUCUUGUCCCAUCGCCCUCGCGAUUUCCCUCCGAUCCCGUCGCCUUCCCGUUCUCCCGCCCCUCGCCUUCGAUGUCCCCUCUUCCUUCCCGUCGCCCUCACUAUCUCCCUUCUCUCACGUUGCCUUCAAUGUCCCCCUUUUCCUUCCGUCUCCCUCGCGAUAUCCCUUCCCCCUCCCGUCGCCUGUCCGCUCUCUCUCCCGUCGCCUGUCCGCUCCCCCCGCCCUCGCCUUCGUGCUCUCUCUCCCGUUGCCUGUCCGCCCUCCCUCCCUUCGCCUUCGCGCUCUCUCUCCCGUCGCCUGUCCGCUCCUCCUCCCCUCGCCUUCGUGCUCUCUCUCCCGUCGCCUUCGCGCUCUCCCUCCCGUCGGCUUCGCGCUCUCUCUCCCGUCUCCUUCGCGCUCUCCCUCCUGUUGCCUGUCCGCCCUCCCUCCCUUCGCCUUCGCGCUCUCUCUCCCGUCGCCUGUCCGCUCCCCCUCCCCUCGCCUUCGUGCUCUCUCUCCCGUCUCCUUCGCGCUCUCCCUCCUGUCGGCUUCGCGCCCUCCCUCCCUUCGCCUUCGCGCUCUCCCUCCCGUCGCCUUUCUCCAUCCCCAAUUCAUCUCCUAUCGCUCACGUCCUCCCCUCCCAUCGGCAUCGCGCUCACGUUCCGCCCUCCCGUCACCAUCGCGCUCACGUGCACCUGUCUUCGCACCGCCUUCGCGCUCAUGGCCUCCCCUCCGAUCACGUUGCGCGACAUAAGUUAA